AUGAGGUUAACAUCGUGCUUGUUCUUGUCGGUGUUGAUGGACAUAAUCGGUAAACUCGAUGGUGCCGCCAUCACUUCCGCCAAUGGGAAUACUGGUCUAAUGGCACAAGAGUUUAACCAAGAGAUGGCUGAACUUCACGGUGCGGGGGCACCACGACAACUUGGGGUAAAUGGAAUGGGUCAACAUAAUGAAUUUGAAUGGCGAAACACCCAAGCUGUUGGUACGAAAGGAAUCAAUGGUCAACAGUUUUUUGGUGAAAAUGAAAAUGAAGGCAUUGCCAAUGGGAAUGGUGUGAAUGGAAUGGCCGAGCAGGAGUUCGGGGAAUUCGAAGGACCGAGAGCGUUCCAACAAGUGUCGACUGGAAACGCUAAUAAUGGUAACUGGAAUCAGAAAGAUUAUGCAUGGGGAGAAUAUGGAUGGGAAGAACCAAAUCGAUGGAAAAGACAAGUCGAUUUUGAAGGUGAAGGACGUAACGAUGGAUGGGAAGGAACCCGGAUGUUAAAUGCUGACAAUGGUUUGGAACAAUGGAAUGAAAAUGUCUUGGGUGACUAUGGUAACGAAAAGAAGAAACGAGCCACUAAAAUGAAAGAUGUGAACCAAUGGGUCAUGCGAGGAAUCAGUCAUGUUAAUUUUGCUGAUAUUGAUUGGGCAGGACAGAUAGCUCGAGCUAUUGCCAAGUGGAACCGAAUGCAAGUCUUAGCUAACACCAAGUCUAAGGCCAGAGCAAACAAUGCUGACGAACUAGCGGGCUGGCAACAGGGUACUGCAACAACUGAUUUACCCAUCGGAGAUCCAGGAACACUCAUCCCGACGACUGGUGCACCAAGUGAUCUUCCACCCGUGCAACAGGGUGUAGCUGUAGGUACUCAAACCUCUGAUGUACCCAUCGGAGAUACAGGAACUCUCAUCCCAACAGAUGGUGGUACAGAUCUUCCGCCUACCACUGCCACCGGAAAUGUUAUGGGUGUAACUGACAAUGGUAUUAUUGAUGUUCCCGUAACCACGUGGUCACCGCGCCAGAUUGCAGCUGCAGCUGAUUACACCUGGGGUGAUUACAGGCCUGGCGAGCAACCUGUCCAAGAACCAAACGACGGCAUCGACUAUAUGGUUGACAAUGGACAAGAUCCCGAGUUUCCUCCUUUUGCAGCGGUAAUGAAGUCACAGGGAGGUGAUUGGCAAAUUGAUAAUGGUGUUGCUGGAGAACAAGGUGCUGCGAAUGAAUGGGCAACAAAUGACGGAAAUAGGGCAAAGAAUUAUGAUAACAACAACGCAGAUUAUGGUCAAGGAGGCAACAACCGAAAUAAAAGAGCGCCACCUCGAGUAAAAAGCGUGAAUGAAUGGAUUCUUCAAGAUAUCAGGAAAGUAAAUUUUGCAGAUGAUGACUGGCUAGGACAAAUCGCCAUGGCCAUUGCAGUUUGGAAACAGCGUCAUGCUGCUGAUAAAGUCAAGGCAUUUGCUGUCGAUUAUGGUAAUCCCACUACAGAUACAACAGUCGAUAUGAACACCCCCGGUGAUAUCCCAUUGCUAGUUCCCGUACCAGUUGAUUUAAACGCUGACAUACCCGCAGUUGCUGCCGCUACAACUAUCACUAACGUACCUUCAAGUAUGAACAUAAACGCUCCAACAUUUGAAGGACCAACGACUCCAGUAAACGUACCAGCAACAAUCAACGCAUUUGUAGAUGAUCCCACAUUAGGGGCAGUGAAUGUUCCAAGUAGUGUAAAUGGUAAUACACCAAUAAUUGUUUUACCAGCUGUACCUGAUACAACCUUAUCUUAUGCCAAUGCUGCUGAAGAUUUUACUACAGUUCCUACUAGGAACAUAGUGGCAGCAUACCCAAGCUUUAGUGCUACUGCAAUGGAGUUCACUAAUGAGGUGACAGGUGAGAAGGGCUCAAUGACCCAGAAUUUCCUAGAACCAGCACGAUUGAUAAACACCUAUACAGCUGUGACUGACCCUAACCCAGAACAAACCACAGGUCAGGAUUACGUGGUCACGGAUGGUGUAACUAUGGAUUUGAAUCAGAUCAAUUUUGAUGCUCCUGUCAAUCCUGAACCAUGGAUGGCUGACGCUAACAAAGGAGAUUACGGCUGGGGCGACUAUGCUUGGACUGAAAACAGGGCGGUGAAAGUGGACCAAUGGGGGAAUGAAAACAACGCCCAGAACAACGCCGAUUAUAAUUAUGGGGACUAUACUGGACAGUCUCAACUGAAUGGUGCAGAUUACAUUACUAAUGGACAAACCAUCACUCCAGAUUAUACCGGCGUGAAUUAUGCAACUGUAGACUAUACGAACGCUGGUAAACAGGUACAACCAGUGACUGACGGAAAUGUGCCAGCUGGGCAAUGGAAAGGGGACUUCAAUUGGAAAGAUUAUGGCUGGGCUGGGAACACCAAUGAUAGAAAAAGACGAGAGGUAGAAAAUGAGGGCUGGUGGGACAAACGCCAGUUAAAAGGAAUGACCAAUGGCUUUGAUUACCAAUUAAAGAGUGGAAAAACGAAACGAGCUGCCACCAUCAAUGAUUUGAAUAAAUGGAUUAUGAGCGAUAUCGACAAAGUGAAUUUCGGUGAUGAUGAUUGGUUGGGACAGAUUGCCAUGGCAAUAGUAACUUGGAGAGAACGGGCAAUGGCUGAAAGUGGUGGACAGAUUGUGACAAAUGGUGAUACACCAAAUCCAAUAGAUAAUGCCGAUAAUGGUGCACAAAAUGUCCUACCAAUUGACACCACAACACCGAACCCUGGUUGGAAUGGAACAACAAAUCCUGCUGUCGAUACUAUACCAGAUUUACAGUUCGGGACAGAAGCAUCGAGAGCCUUGAAUGCUCCUAACGAUGCCAACAAUGUUGUUGAUGAAGCUGAUACACAGAAAAUCAAGGCUCCGCGAGGAUUGAGAGGUCCAUGGAAUGCAGACUACGUCCCUGGCGACUACAGUUGGGGAAAACCACCCCUGGUCAGUCCACAGAACAUAUAUAAUGGAGACUACAACUGGUUGGAUUAUGCUCUUGGAAAUCUGCUGGAUACUGGAAACCAGGGUGAUUAUAAUUGGGGUGCUGUGGAUUAUAUCGGUCAGCAGCCGACAGUUCCUGAAAUUCAAGCUAAUCCCGAAGGAAACGGGGCCGAUGUUGGCUUUGAGACGAAUCCUAAGAUGAUGGACGGUACAAACUUAUUUAAUGUAGAUUAUGGGAAUACUGAUUAUGGAUUUGAUGGUCAGAAUCAGGUUGUUGAAGCCAAUGGACAGAUCAAGGGAGAUAAACCUGUAGCUGACACCGGAAAUGUGAAGCAGGUCGUUGGUGAAGUGAAUCCAGAUUAUCAAACUACCACUGGUGGAACCGUUCGUCCACCGGAUUACCAAACGGCCACUGGUGAAACGGUUCGUCAGUUUCAAGAACCGAUAGGUGAAAUGAACCCGGAUUACCAAACGACAACUGGUGGAACCGUUCAAAUCAAUGCUGGUGAUCGACCUAAUGCUGGUGAGACUAACUGGCAGGAUAAUGGAUGGCAACCUGCCAGACAAACUGGUAAUGCAAAUUGGUUGGGAGAUUUCAACUGGGGAGAUUACGGCUGGGGAGGGAACACCAAUGACAGAAAAAAGAGAGAGGUUGAAAAUGAAGGCUGGUGGGACGUCCGUAAACUGACAAAACCAAUGAACAAUGAUUAUAGUUGGACCGACUAUGGAUUAAGCAUAGAAAGGGCAAAGAGAGCUGCUACUAAUAUGAAAAUUGCUAAAGCUGUGAACGAGUGGGUGUUGAGGGACAUUAACAACGUUAAUUUCGCAGACGACGAUUGGCCGGGAAUGAUAGCUCAAUCUAUUGCUACAUGGAAAAGACAUUUCAUUAAAACUGGACAUAAACCUCUUGGCUUUGACCGAAUGCCACACGGAAUAGCAGCUACUACAAAUGGUGCUACACCUACCACAAACAAUGGUGCAAUGGCUGUCGCAAACAAUGGUGCAAUGGCUACUGCGGUCGAUGGUGCAACAGCUACCGCAAAUGAAGGUGAAGCCACUACCAUCAACGUUGUAUCAACUACAAAUGGCGUAACAUCUCCCGAGAUCGAUGGUAACAAUGCUCAAAUAGAUCCGUGGACACUUGGAACUACCAAUGGACCAUUAAAUGCUGCAGUAGAUGUAUUAACCGAUAAUGGUCCUGAUGGUGCUGUAAAGAUGGCAAAUGAUAUGUGGAAGGAUUAUGGUGUGACAAAUACUGAUUACCGUGUUUAUGUACCGGAAACCACGACUGUAAAGAUGGCAAAUGAUAUGUGGAAGGAUUAUGGUGUGACAAAUACUGAUUACCGUGAUUAUGUACCGGAAACCACGACUUUCACUUGGUCUACAGACACACCUGUGUCAAAUGCAAUAGACGACACUCCACUUGUAGGAGAAUGGAAUAAGCAAAUAAACUAUCCCGACUGGAAUGCCGAAACUAUACCUGAAACAAAUGCCAUAGAUGGUAGUCCAUUACUAGAAAACUGGAAAAGGCAAAUAAACCAAGCUGGUGAAACUGGUCAGACCAUACAAGCAACUCCAGAACCAACAGCAGCAAUUGCCUAUCCUGGUGUGGGCGAUGCUGUUAAUCCGAUACGACAGCUUAAGGGUGUAUCUGUGGAUGCACCAACCGGAGACAGUAGUGUUGUAGAAAACCCUAAUAUCAUCAUUGAAAGCGACGGAGUUCCAGACCUAACACAGAAUAGUACCACCAAACAGCAAAACAAUGGAGGACUGGAGGACGAACUAAACACAAUCGAUAAUCCUGGAGGUCUUGCAGUAAGAGCAAUUAACGCAGCAACCAACACUCAAGCAGAAUCUCAAAUUUUGAAUAAUCAGAGCAGUAAAACAACGGCGGUUGGUGAUCAGCGUACUGCUACCAUUGCUGAUACAGACCCUAACCAAUCUUUCACAGAUGCCCAGAUUAAAAGGCUGAAAAAGAUCGCUGUCGGAAAUGGAGUAAAUGUUGACGGAGCUCCAGGAGAUCUUAAUGAAAUCAACUGGUUUGAUUAUGCCGGUUUCGGAGAAUACGAAGGAGGAGUUAGACAACAAAAUGGUGGAUUUUUUGAAGAACCAGCUGUACAGGGGCUAGGAGCUGAAGCCGGAAACGCUGAGAUGAACGAUUAUAAUUGGAUCGAUUACGGCAAAACGCAGCAGUUUAUCGAUUACGACGGACCUGGAUUGCAACAAGGAGUAGAAAGAAAUGCCGAAGGCGUUCCAAACGAACCCGAUUUCAACGUAUUUGAACUUAAUGCUGCGGGAUUCGUGGACGGCCAAAAUGAUCUUCAGAAACUUGAAGGAGGCAAUGAGCCAUGGCAACCAAGUGGUACUGUUUGGGCGGAUUAUGGCGGUAACCGAAUGAAGAGGGAAGUAGACCAAGUAAAAACUUCUGGAAGAACCAAGAUGACGCCUGCAAUGAGCAGAAAUCAAAGAAUUGUACUUGUGGAGAAUCUUUUAAAAUCAGCGCUGAUGGGUCACAGUGAAGAUACAAACAGGAAUCAUCAUCACAUGACGACCACUCAUCAAACCACAAACAGAAAAACUUUGAAAACGAUUGGAGAUAUCGGUGCUAGAAAAAAAUGGCUAUCCAGACGAUUAGCAGCUUAUAAUGUUUUAGAAGGUUUACCUCUCAGACGAUAUAUUGUUCCAAGCGAAAUCGAGAAUUGGUGGACCAGAAAGCAAAUCAAUGGCGGCGGGCGGGAAUACGGCAGAAAUAAGCGUGGCGUAUUUGGACAUAAAGACGUCGGUCAUGACGUCAACAAUGUUGACAGACGUAUUUCGAUGCCGGACGCUCAUUUUAGACAGCAUGAAUUUUCCAGUAGCUUGCUUGGUGGUAAAAAAGCCUUCAAAACCCAGUUUACCGACGGUUUUGAUGGACAUCGAGGUAACAUUAAGGAUCAAGGAUUGAACAACGGAGUAAUCUUUUCCAAAUUCCAUACUAAUGAUAUAAAAAGAUCCACGAACGAACCAAUUAAUCCUACUUUUGUGACACUGGGAUCUUUGGUCGAUGAGGAAUCUCCUGUGAUUAAUAAUGAUGUGAAUUUUAGAGCAAGUGCUCCAGCAACAAUGAACCCUAAACCGGAAGUUAAAGAGCGUGUUGCUAAGGCAUUUGUGAAAUCGAAUGAAAAUGUUCAAAUAACCCAUAAUGUUGACUUACCUAAAUACUUUCCUCGCCAGUAUCGGGACAAGACAUUGGGAAAUUUGUUAGAUGUACUUAAGAUUGGUGAUGCCGGACGAGGAUACAUUGAAAGUGUUCAAAACAAUGGGGACAGAUCUAUCAAGAAUGUGUGA